AUGCAUUCCCAAAUGGAGCAGCAGUUGGGCUACUCCCUCUUGCUUGAGCUUUUAUCAUAUCAAUUUGCUUCACCAGUUCGAUGGGUCGAAACACAGGAUGUUUUGCUACAGAAACAGCAGACCCAGCGGCUGAUUGAGAUUGGCCCCUCUGAUACCCUGGCAGCGAUGAUGAAGAAGACUUUGGCAUCCCAAUACCAAAUGUCCGAUGCUGCAGUUUCACGGAAACGAACUGUAUUAUCCUAUGCACGAGACGCUUCAAAAAUCCACUACGAUGCGGAUACUACACCAAAUUCCAGAAAGAGGAAAGAGCCUGCGCCGACGAAGCCAAAACUGCCUCCCCCUCCAAUUCCGAAAGAUGCUGUAAGCAUGCAAGUCUUGACGCCCCAACCUCCCGUUGUAGCGCAGGAAAGUGCGUCAGUUCUGGAAUCACCUGACGUACCAGUUUUGGCCGAGGACGUUGUACUCGCAAUUAUAGCGCCGAAGUUAAAGAAGGCAUUUGGGAAGAUUGAUAAAACAAAGUCGAUUAAGCAACUCACCGGAGGCAGGUCCACGCUUGGAAACGAAAUUGUUGGCGAUGUCAACAGCGAGUUUGGCAGCGUUCCCGAUAGAACAGAAGAUAUGACCGUUGAAGAACUUGGCAUAGCGUUGACUUCCUCUGGUUUUAGCGGGCACCUCGGCAAGAUGUCCACCGCUAUGAUCAACCGGCUAUUCUCCCUUAGUAUGCCUCCUGGGUUUAAUCUUCAGCGUGCUAGAACCUUCAUAAAGGAACGCUGGGGAUUCCAACCAGGGCGCCAAGAUGCAGUUCUGCUUCGUGCCACUACUAUGCAGCCUGCGUCUCGUCUUGCUACUACUUCGGAUGCGGAGUCCUUUUUGGCGGAUCUCGUCACACACUAUGCCGCAGAGCUUAAUUUAAACCUUGCAACACCUUUGGCCGUUCAAAUCUCUGGCUCAACCGAUGGCAAUAGUCAGCUACACGCGAAGCUUAUGAUGACUGACCACGAGCUGGCUGCUAUUACUAAGGAGAAAGCUGCAUGGAGGAGGGCGAAACUUGAAGCUCUGUCAAAGCGUAUGCAGAUUGAUCUACGCGCUGGUGAUAAAGCGCAUGUAGUUAUGAAAAAGAAACACGAUAUUUUACAGAAAGAGCUCGACGAUUUGACUGCAGAGUUUGGCGAAGUUUUACUGAGUGGGGUUUCGAAUUCCUUCGCAAGUGUGAAAGCGCGUCGGUUCAAUUCGUCCUGGAACUGGGCGCUCCAAGACUUGCUAGAGGUGUAUCACGGUGUUCAGGGUGGAGCUCUGAGCCCUGAUAAUCCGGAUCUUCUAAAUCGCUGCGUUUUGAUCGCCAGUCGUGCGGAUCCUAGAUUCCUCCGUGUAUUGAAUCAGAUCGACUCAGUCCCUUCUGGAGCUCCGAGGCGACAAAGUGCCAGGGCUAUCAUUUUGCACCUCAAAGAUCUCUGCAACGAAAUUUCAUCGAGCGGUCUUGUGCCGUACACAUCCUUCACCAAUAUCUUCAGCCGAGCACCGAAAACAAUAAUCGACCAAAACGGCAACGCCCUCUAUGAAGAAGUGCCACGCUCCAUCUCCGACGAGCUCCCCACACUGCUACUCAAAACCAAGAACAAAAACAGGAAUUGGAAGGUCGAUGAAGAUCUAACACACAAAUUUAUCAGUCUGUUGAAAAAUACCCGCAAGAACGGUGUGUCAUUCAAAGGCAAGAAUGUACUCGUCACAGGCGCAGGCUUGAACUCUAUUGGAGGCGAGCUCCUCAAAGGCCUUCUUGCCAGUGGCGCCAAGAUUAUCACAACUACCAGCAGCUACUCGCGAAAGACUCUGAAAGCCUAUCAAAAAAUUUACAUGCAAUUCGGCGCCAAAGAUUCGGAAUUGGUUAUUGUCCCGUUCAACCAAGGUAGUCAGAGAGAUUUAGAUGCUCUCGUAGACUACAUAUAUGACCCUGUCAACGGACUAGGAUGGGACAUCGAUCACGUUGUCCCCUUCGCCGCUAUCUCAGAAACAGGCCGCGAGGUUGACGGAAUUGAUUCCAAGUCCGAACUAGGUCAUCGUAUCAUGCUGACCAACCUUCUACGUCUACUAGGCGUUGUAAAGAAGCAUAAGCAACAGGGAGAGUCCUUGUGUCGACCUGCCCAAGUCAUAUUACCACUGUCGCCAAAUCAUGGUGCAUUUGGCGGUGAUGGGAUGUAUGCUGAAUCCAAAAUUGCCCUGGAAGCUCUGUUCGACAAGUGGAAUUCCGAAAGCUGGGCGCCAUUCCUGUCUAUAUGUGGUGCCUCGAUUGGGUGGUCGCGAGGGACUGGUCUCAUGGUGGGCAAUGACAUCCUCGCCAUGGGUAUAGAAGAGCGUAAAGUGCGCACUUUUUCGCAGGCAGAGAUGGCGUUCUAUAUCCUCGUUCUUAUGACGAAUACGAUUGCCAUCGAAUGCGACGACCAACCUAUCUAUGCAGACUUGACAGGCGGUUUGGACGAGGUUUCUAAUCUCCCCGAGCUAUUAAAUAAAGUCAGAGCCGAUAUCAACGAAGAAAAGACCAUUCGCCGAGCUCUCGUAGAAGAAGAAGCGAUUGAACGUGCCGAAGGCGGUACUGCCCAAGAAACGGCCCCUCAACAGGAGCUGAUGAAACCUCAGCCGAAUGUCCAACUCUCGUUUCCUCAACUGCCGGACUGGGAUGCUGAGAUCAAAACCUUGCAUCAACAGUUGGAUGGCAUGGUUGACUUGGACACUGUCGUCGUCAUUACAGGUUUCGGGGAGCUUGGGCCAUGGGGAAAUUCUCGUACGCGUUGGGAGAUGGAAGCAAACGGUGCAUUUUCAAUCGAGGGCUGUAUCGAGAUGGCAUGGGUGAUGGGACUUAUCAAAAAUUUCGAUGGGCAGCUUGACGGAAAAGAAUACCAUGGUUGGAUUGAUGUCAAGACGAAGAAGCCAGUUCACGCAGCAGAUGUGAAGAAGCUGUAUGAAGCACAAAUGCUGGAGAAUUCCGGCAUACGCGUUGCGAACCAUGAAGGCGAUAAACCGGACACCCUUCUCCAGGAGGUUAUUGUUGAAGCAGAUCUUCCGCCUUUCUCUGUGCCUCAAGAGCUGGCCAGUCAAUACCAGGCGGAGCACGGCGAACAUGUCGAUGUAUGUGCCGGAGGCUCUGACGAAGAGCGCUUGGUGAGUUUCAAAAGGGGCGCCGUGUUAAUGCUGCCAAAGUCUCUCGAGUCUAUUCGCAGGGUGGUGGGUCAGAUUCCAGAAGGCUGGGAUCCGCGAACCUAUGGUAUUCAGGAGGAUAUUAUAUCGCAAGUUGACCCUGUCACGCUAUAUACUCUCGUUGCAACAGUGGACGCACUCUUAGCUUCGGGUAUCACCGAUCCAUUCGAGUUAUACAAGUAUGCCCAUGUUUCGGAGAUCAGUAACUGCCUUGGAUCAGGCUUCGGUGGUGCUUCGUCGUUGAAGCAGAUGUAUCGCACCCGUCACUUCGACAAACCAGUACAGAGUGACAUUUUGGCUGAAACCUUUAUCAACACGACUUCAGCAUGGGUGAAUAUGCUUCUUCUUUCAGCCGCAGGUCCGAUUCGUACAGCUGUAGGAGCCUGUGCAACUUCGAUUGAGUCGCUGGAGACUGGAAUUGAGACUAUUAUUACCGGAAAGGCAAAGAUGUGUUUGGUUGGGGGUGUCGAUGACCUCGAUGUCACUGUAUCUACCGAAUUCGCUAAUAUGAAAGCAACAGUAGACGCAGAGAAGGAGUUCCAGAAGGGCAGAGAGGCAGCGGAAAUGUCUCGACCGACUGAUUCAACACGCGGUGGAUUCGUUGAAUCCCAAGGCGCAGGCGUACAGGUCAUCACCUCCGCAAAACUCGCACUAGACAUGGGCUUGCCAAUUUAUGGAAUCGUUGCUCUUGCAUCAACCGCCAGCGACACUAUAGGAAGAUCAGUGCCAGCACCAGGUAAAGGCAUCCUGACAAACGCGUCCGAGAGAGUAUCAAGGUUUCCCUCGCCACUACUCGAUAUCCAAUAUCGCCGCCGCCAACUACGUAUCCGGAGAGAACAGAUUCAAGCAUCCACGGAGCUUGAACUCGGCUUAAUCAACCAAGACCUCUCUGUGAUCGAGGGGGCCAACUCAAGCGACAUCGCCACUGAUAUUGAGCAACUUCAUAGCCGCAAAGCCUAUAUUUGCCAGGAAGCACAAAACCUCACGAAAAGCGCACUUUCCGUCUUUGGCAACGAGUUCUGGAAAAACGACACAAGUAUCGCCCCUAUACGCGGUGCACUGGCAGUCUGGGGGCUCAGUAUCAACGAUAUCGACUUCUUGUCUCUGCAUGGCACAGGCACCAAGCUAAACGACAUCAACGAAGCCCAAGUGAAUCAACGUCAACUAUCGCACUUAGGCCGUGAGCCUGGAAGUGUCGUGCUGGCCAUUUGUCAGAAACACUUGACCGGCCAUUCCAAAGGCGCAGCAGGGGCAUGGAUGCUCAACGGAUGCCUUCAGGUGCUCGACUCGGGCAUCGUGCCGGGAAACCGGAACGCAGAUAACAUUGACAUUGGGCUGGCUGAGAAUGACAACUUGGUGUUUCCUAACCGCACCAUUCAAACGACGGCUGGCCUGAAAGCUUUUAGUCUUACCUCGUUCGGUUUCGGGCAAAAGGGUGCCCAGGCAAUCGGUGUUCAUCCGCGGUAUUUAUACGCUGCGAUUAGCAAAGCCGAGUUUUACCAGUACAAGGAGAAGCUCUGUCAACGGAAAAAAAAAGCGAAUGGGUUUUUCAAGAAAGCGAUGCCGACGAACACGCUUUUUGUGGCUAAAGAUAAGGCACCGUAUCGACCCGAGCAGCUCUCUGAGGUGUUUUUGAACCCGGAGGCCAGAGCUGUGGAAGCCGAACAGAGUGAGGAGCUGUAUUAUGAGGAUGAUUUGGUAGAUAAUUUAAUAUAG